AUGAAUUCAGAAGAAAAUAAAUAUGACAGGCAAAUACGUAUUUGGGGAACACAUGGACAGUUGUUGCUUGAAAAAUCUCGUGUUUGUUUACUUCAAGGAAGUGCAAUUGGGGCAGAAAUAUUAAAAAAUCUCAUUUUACCAGGAAUUGGAUCAUAUGUGAUUGUUGAUAAUGCUUUUGUUACAGAAAAAGAUGCAAAAACAACAUUUUUUCUUGAUGCAAACCGUAUAAAUGAAACCAAAGCACAACAGAUGUGUGAAUUUCUACAAGAGCUAAAUGAAGAUGUUAAAGGCGAAUAUUUAAUCAAUACAGUGGAAUCAAUUUUGGAACAUAAUCCAGGCUUUUUCAAACAGUUUAAUAUUGUAAUCACAUCAACACUUAGUGAUACGCUCCUUUUAAAACUAGAGAAGAUUUUAUGGGAAUUUAAAAUUCCUUUAAUUAUUGCAUAUUCUAUAGGGUUUAUUGGAUACAUUAGAAUCACUAUGCCGGAGCACACUGUUAUAGAAACACAUCAUGGUAACCUUGAAGAUUUGAGAAUUGAUUGUCCGUGGCCUGAGCUUAAAGCACUAGCAUCAAAUUUUGAGUUAAAAAACAUUAAAGACAAUUCUUAUAUACAAAUACCUUAUGUGUUAAUUUUAUUAAAUUGUAUUAGUAUAUGGAAGUUAAAGAACUCUAAAACACUUCCUCAUACAUAUGAAGAAAAAGAGCACUUUAAGCAAAUAAUAAGAUCAUAUAUGCAUGAAUUUGACGAAGAAAGAAUUAAGGAAGUACUAUCUAUGGCUUGGAAAGCCUCAUAUACGACAUCAAUCCCGGAUGACAUUCAAUAUAUAUUAAAAGAUAAUAAAUGCCUUUGCAUAUCUCCUGAAAGUUCAGAGUUUUGGAUAUUAUGUCGUGCCGUUUCUGACUAUAUAUCAUCAGAAGGAAAUGGCUUAUUACCUCUUUCUGGUAUACUUCCAGAUAUGAAAUCAGAUUCAGAAACUUAUAUAAAAUUACAAAAUACAUAUCACCAAAAGGCAAAAAAAGACUAUGAGUGUGUUCGGAAACAUGUUCAAAGCAUACUUGUGUCAAUAAAUCAACCAGUAUCAAAAAUAUCAAACGAAAAAAUAAAACUUUUUUGUAAACAAUUUAAAUAUAUUAAAUUAUUACGUUAUCGUUCAUUAGAGCUGGAAUAUAAAUAUCCAAAUUCAGAACUAAUUAAAACAUCUUUUUCAACACCAAAUGAUCUCAUAGCAUGGUACAUUGCUCUUCGAAGUUAUAAUAAAUAUAGAAGUGCUUUUGGAAAAUACGUAGGUUCAGAAGAAGCUACCCUAAAUGAAGAUACGGAUCGAUAUAUUCAACUAACAAAACAAUUUCUUUCAAAAUUUGACUGCAACAUAACAGAUUUUCAAAUAAUAGCAUGCAAAGAAUUAGGUGGUGAACUAAAUAAUAUUAUAUCUUUUAUAGGAGGAAUAGCAGCCCAAGAAAUUAUUGUUAAACAAUACACCCCAAUCAAUAACACCUAUAUAUUUGACGGAAUUUCGAAUCGAAGUCAAGUCUGGGAGUUUUAA